CCUACACUGACUCUAAGUGAGUGUGCACACAGACAGACAGACAGACAGACAGACAGUCUGGAUCACACGGAGCCAGACGGACAGACAGCCGGUCUCACCGACACAGGCAGCGGAUCGGACCCGACCGGAAAGAGCCGAGUCCCGGUGACCAUGUCGGUGCUCGCCCCGCCCCCCAGCAGCAGCGCCGACGCCUGCCUCAGCAUCGUCCACAGCCUCAUGUGCCACCGGCAGGGCGCCGAGAACGAAGGCUUCGCCAAACGGGCCAUCGAGAGUCUGGUGAAGAAGCUGAAGGAGAAGAAGGACGAGCUGGACUCGCUCAUCACCGCCGUCACCACCAACGGCGUCCAUCCAAGCAAGUGUGUGACCAUCCAGAGGACGCUGGACGGAAGGCUGCAGGUGGCGGGUAGGAAGGGUUUCCCUCACGUGAUCUACGCCCGUCUGUGGCGUUGGCCCGACCUCCAUAAGAACGAGCUCAAACAUGUGAAGUUCUGUCAGUUUGCCUUCGACCUGAAGUACGACAGCGUGUGUGUGAACCCGUACCACUACGAGAGGGUGGCGUCCCCCGCCACAGCAGGUCCUCAGUCUCUGAUAAAGGAGGAGUUCAUGCAGGACUGUCUGCAGAUCGACCUGCCCCCCCACUCUGACCCCUACAGCCAGCCCCGCCCUGUCAGCAUGUAUCCCAGCAUGCCCCUCUCUCCUCCAGGCAGCAGUUCCCUGGCGGCCGCCGCUGGGGAUUGUGGGAGGAACGCGGUAGGCAGUGACGGUCCCGGCCUCCUUCAGAUUGCCCCCCCUCAGAACCAUGGGGGCCACGCCUCUCCACCUCAUCCCAACCCUCCCCUCACUCCCCAGCCUCCUCACCCCUCCACCCCCACCUCCCCACAGCAACAGAGCCCCCCCAACACCGCUACCUGGCCAGGUAAUAGCCCCGCCCCCUACAGCCCUGCAGGACCCCAUCAGAGUGGGCGGAGCCACCAGCAGCCUCCAUUACAUCAUCACCACCACGCCCCCAAUACUCACUUCUGGUCACAGCAUCACAGUACUGCUCCAUAUCCACAGCCAGUGUCCAACCACCCAGGUCCAGAGUUCUGGUGUUCAAUCUCGUACUUUGAGUUGGAUGUUCAGGUCGGGGAGAUGUUUAAGGUCCAGUCCAACUGUCCUCUGGUGACGGUGGACGGUUACGUGGAUCCUUCAGGAGGAGACAGAUUCUGUUUGGGACAGCUGAGUAAUGUCCACCGCACUGCUGCCAGCCACCGUGCAAGACUCCACAUCGGUCGGGGGGUUCAGCUGGAGUGUCGGGGGGAGGGGGACAUCUGGAUGCGUUGCCUUAGCGACCACUCAGUGUUCGUCCAGAGUUUGUACCUGGACCGUGAGGCAGGCCGAGCGCCAGGAGACGGAGUUCAUAAGAUCUACCCCGGAGCGUAUAUCAAGGUGUUUGACCUGAGGCAGUGUCACAGACAGAUGCAGCAGCAGGCAGCGGCGGCUCAGGCAGCGGUGAUGACUCAGGCGGCGGCAGUUGUCGGUGCGAUUCCGGGGCCGAACAGCGUGGGGGGAAUCGCCCCUGCUGUCAAUGUGUGUUCGGCAGCCGGUCUGGGCGUGGACGACCUGCGCAGGUUGUGCAUCGUGCGUCUGAGCUUCGUUAAAGGUUGGGGGUGCGACUACCCGCGUCAGAGCAUCAAGGACACCCCCUGCUGGCUGGAGGUCCACCUGCACCGAGCGCUGCAGCUGCUCGACCAGGUGCUGCACGCGCUGCCGCCGCAAGAACACAUCCUCUGACGGGCCGUGGCAACUCUGUGUAUGAUGGCGGGCGGAGCUUAGCUAACAGGACAGCCAAUCACAGCAGAGAAGGCAUACCCCCGUCCUCCUCCACAGAGCUCAUUGGUCGGUUCAGAAAGGCUUCAGACAAUCAGCCAAUCACAGCAUCUCAUCCCUCCUGAUACCACAUUAAAGGGUCCGUUCACAAAAAUCCUCUGAUCUUAAUUCUGAAAAAAUUUAAUAAAUAUGAAUGAACAUUUCUUGAAUGUUUUCAACCAGAAGUUUAUGAGUUAAAUUAAGUCCAGUUUGUAAUUUCCUGCUUUUAUUAAUAUCCGGUUUUAUUUUUGUGCUCAUGAACCUGCUUUGGUGUUAGUGUUUGUGUUUGUGGUGGUUUCUUCCUUUGCCAGCACAACCAACAGAGAGUGAGGGACAAACAGUUUAACCUUCAGCCAUAACUUCCAUCAACUUAUUUAUUAUUUCUCAGUGUUGUUAACUAGCAGAUUUUGACCUGACCAAUAUGAAGUUGUCACAUUGAGAACUUUUUUGUGGUCCGAACCCCCCACUCCCUCCCCACUUUUAACAGGAAACACGUGAACAGCUCUCUGCUUCCUGUUUGAUGGUGGUUGUGUGGAGUUCCUCAGGGGUCGAUUCUGGGUCCUGCCGCGUUCUCCCUUUAAUGCUGCAUUCAGUUUGAGUGAACUGACCUUUUAACAAACUUUAACUGCCAAAAAUCAGCUGUUACAUUUUCCUUUGUUUGUUCCUUUAUUGAUUAUUUAUUUUUCAUUGAUUAUUUGCCAAAGAUUCACUUCCUGUUCUUGAUGAAAUCAUAUCCUGUUUACUCGGCGAUUCAGAUUAUUUAUUUAGGUUGUUGUUUUUUUCUCUCUCAGCUUUUUUUACCACAAUGUAUAUUUUAAUGCUUUUAUACUGAAAGGGUCUAUAACUGCAAUAUCUGCUGUUUAUUCAAAAUUAAACUUUUUGCAUAAAAAAAA